AUGACGUCUUCUGGACUUGUUAUGGUUAUCCUGUUCGCUAUGAUCGCCGGAUCUGCUCUUUCUCAAUCACCAACCGCAUCUCCGACGGGUUCGCCGACUGCUUCUCCGACUUUACCGCCGCCGCCCCCCGUCGUUUCUCCGCCAACGGCCGCUCCGACUUCAACACCGACGGAAUCACCGUUAGGUUCUCCACCUGCUCCUCCGACCUCUCUUGCUCCUGGUGGUUCUCCGGCGCUGUCUCCGGCUGGUUUAUCUUCUCCUGCUGGAUCUCCUACUUCUCCGCCGAGCUCCGGUAGCUUGAACAAAGUUGCUGUUGGAUGUUUUGUUAUUGUUGCGUUUGGUGCUGCUUUGGUUAUGUAG